GUGUUCAUCUUUGCCACUUUUGUGUUGUGUGAGGAAGAAAAAAAAAAGGGGGUAAAAAAGAGAAAUGGAAGAUAAAGAAUGUGUUCCAGAAUUAGCCGUCCAAUACUAUUCCAGCUAUAAUAACGCAAGGAAUUACGAGAUCAAGUCGCCGGAGUACGUGAAUGAGAUAGUGGAAGAAGUAUUGGAUGAUGAAAAUCACACCAAGAACAGCUUCACAAAAAGUGCCAGAUCAUCAUCAGAGAUAGUUAAUGUUGUGGAGGUGAACGACGAAGUUUAUGUUGCCGUUGGUAAAGAUGACUUGGAUGUUGUGAGGUGGGCUAUUGAUCAUGUCGUUUCUCCGGGUGCCCGUCUUUAUCUUGUCCAUGUCUUCCCUCCCAUCACUCAUAUUCCAACUCCUGUUGGAAAAUUAUCAAGAAGCCAGUUAACAGAAGAGCAAGUAAGAUUCUACAUAGAGGAAGAGGAAAAUCGGAGGAGAAACAUCUUGCAGAAGUACAUCCGCUUGUGCAAAGAUGCUAAGGUAAAUGUUGACACAGUGCUGGUAGAGCAUGAUGCCACGGCCAAAGCAAUUGUAGAUCUUAUUGCUAUUCAUAGGAUUACCAAUCUUGUUCUGGGACUAAAAAAACCACCUAAUUCAAGGAUAUUGAAGACAAGAAUGGCUAAAGGGGAAUAUGUCAAGAAGAGUGCCCCAGAAUUUUGUGAAGUGACCAUUGUUCAUGAUGGCAAAAAAGUUUCUGAAUGUCAAAAGGUUGUUAGGUUUGUCCAUUCAUCUCAGGCAUCAAGUCCCAAGAGAUCCUCAGGAGUCACACGCCAUUCUGAAAGAAACCUGUUUCUCUGUGCAUGCUUUUCAGCGUGUAUGAGGUAAAAUGGAGGAUUCUUGGGAAUUCAAAGGCACCAAAGGUGAGACCCUGUCCACAGAAACCAUGAGGAACGCAGUUUGCGAUACUGGAAAGUAGAGGCUCAAAAGAGCAAGAGUCAAUAACACCAUCCAGAAGAGGAGAUAAAAUGUGGAAAUAUGUUCACUUGUCAGCCGAGCCUGUCUGAAGAAUCAAGAAUGCUCAACUAUUUCAUCCACUGUUGUCAUUUGAGAGCUGAGCUGAAGUUCAAGAUGGAAAGAAUAAGAACAUGGUGAUACGGAUGCAAAAGUUUAUGUCAUAAGGGGAACAAAUUAGUG